AACCAACUUUUCCUUCAGCAUUUCUGCUACUCUUCUACAGAGCUUCUUCACCACCACCUCCACAGCCCAUCAUCAACAUGGCCCUCUGGCUCCAAGCUGCAUCUCUGCUGGUGCUGCUGGCCCUCUACCCUGGGGCAGACGCUGCAGCUGCCCAACACCUGUGUGGCUCUCAUCUGGUGGACGCCCUCUAUCUGGUGUGUGGAGAGAAAGGAUUCUUUUACAACCCAAAGAGAGAUGUGGAUCCCCUAACAGGGUUUCUCUUUCCAAAAUCGUCCCAGGAGAACGAAGUUGCCGAGUACCCGUUCAAAGACCAGAUGGACAUGAUAGUAAAGAGAGGUAUUGUAGAGCAGUGCUGUCACAAGCCUUGCAACAUCUUCGACCUGCAGAACUACUGCAACUGAGGCCUGUCUCACCGCUACGCCUGCUCUUCUCUCUGCCACUCUCCAAUGCGCAGAGGCAUCAUCCCCGUCUCAAAGAAAAGGCUUCAAGUGCAGACAAGAAAUGGCAUAGACAUGUUUUAUUUUUCCUAGAAAAUAAAGUUCUGUGAAAUGA